GCGGCCGUGGACGGAUUCCAAGUUGGGAAUGUUUCAAACAAACUAUCGAUCCUAGGGUUCUACCUCUGCUCCAAGAUGGAUCAAACCGUUUCAAGAGAGAAAGACUUAGAAUAUGAUCUUGAAAGUGGUGGGAAUACUAGUGAAGAGGAGGAAAGCAGGGACCUUGAUUGCAGUGAAAAACGAUGGAAGAAUUUAUUUAGUUGGACAUGGAAUAGGCUUCCGAACUUUGAUGGUUCCAAAAAGCAUGAAAGUGGGGUUGAAACAUGUAGCAGUUCGUCAAAAUCAGCUGAUGUUAUGGAUGAUGGUGUACCACUGCAUCAUGUAGAUGCAUGUUUAGAAGAUGUACAUAAGAAACUGCCUCAUGUAAAGAAUAAUAAUGGCAAAGAAAAGAAAAAGAAGACUAACGCAAAGCCUCCUAAGCCCCCACGACCACCUAAAGGGCCAUUGCUGGAUGCUGCUGAUAAGAAGCUUGUGCAGGACAUUGCCGAGAUUGCCUUGAGGAAGCGUGAAAGGAUUAAGAAAAUGAAGGCUACAAGGAAGAUGAAGGCAAGAAAGGCAUCAUCAUCAUCAUCAUAUGCUGGUCUUUCUGCCAUGGUCAUCACUAUUUUCUUUUUUGCCAUCAUUAUAAUCCAAGGAAUAAGAUCAGGACGUGGCGCUGCUGUUGGAGUAAUGGCUUCACCCGAGCCGAGCAUUGCAGCAGAUGAAGGUUUAAUUUCUGUCCGUUUUUCCAAGAACUUCACCCACGAAGUUGUGCAGGGUACAUGACACCGACACUGUGAAGACGAUUUCCGCUACAUUUAGGCUGCUCCAAGUAGUUUUGGAUCAUUUAUUUUUUCUUGUACAGCCCCUUGGAUGGUCUAAAGUUUGCUAGUAGACUGAGAUGGCUCAGUUAAUACAAGUCAUGCACCGAUUUACUACGUUUCUAUCGAAUUUUAGUGAUGUAGCA